UCGACUUGCGAGCUCGUGAGUAUUUCAAGGUAGCAGACGCAAUCAGGUUAAGUUUUUGAAUUAGAAUGAAAUUAUUUGUACCUUAAAAAUUGUCAAGUGUUUUAGAUAGUCUCAGUUAAGGAAAUUUGUUUAUUUUGCAGAUGCACACUUCAGGAAUGAUUAAGGACUGGUUAACAAAUCUCUUGUUAGUCAAAGCAUCCUGUUACGAGUCAUCAGGAAGUUAUCCAAAGCGGGCUAAUACAGAACAGCUACAGAAAAUCUUCAAUAAGUAUGCUCACAUUGAACACAAUGGUGAACGGUAUAUGAGCGCAAAAGACUUCGUUCAGGGAUAUUUAGGUCUUCUUCCGGAUCCAAACAGUAAUGAAACUUCUAUCAAACUUCUCGCUGGCAUUGUCGACACUAGCAAAGAUGGACUUAUAUCGUUCGCUGAAUUCCAGGCGUUUGAAGGCCUUCUGUGUGUACCAGAUGCACUUUACAAGACAGCGUUUCAGCUGUUCGACCUCAAUGGCAACGGGAUGAUCGGACAUAAGGAAUUCGUUGAGGUGAUUUCGAAAACGGAAUUGUAUCAGCGAAUGCCUUUCAACAUGGACAGCCCAUUUAUGGAGUUGUACUUUGGCAAGGAGAAGAAACGUGUCAUAAACUAUGCCGAAUUCAGCCAGUUUCUCCAUGAUUUUCACGAAGAAUGUGGAACUGAAGCGUUUAGGAAAUUCGAUAAAGAUGGAAUAGGAUUCAUAUCGGCACUUGAUUUUCAAGAUGUGAUGGUCAACGUGAAAAGUCAUCUGCUAACUAAAGAAGUUCAAGAUAACCUUGUCGCUGCUGCAGGGGGACUUCAAGGAGGGCAUAAAGUCAGCUUCCCUUAUUUUAUGGCCUUCAAUUCACUGCUCAAUAAUAUGGAACUGGUUAAGAGAAUUUAUUUGAAUGCUACUAAUGGCCAUAGGAAUCAAGAAAUUACAAAAGAGGAGUUUCUGUAUUCAGCACAGAUGAUGUCUCAAAUUACACCUCUAGAAGUUGACAUUCUCUUCCUACUGUGCCAUUUACUGCAUCAGACAGGACGGAUAGUUUAUAGUGAUUUACAAUCAAUUGCUCCCGAACAGUAUUUCAAGCAUAUCACAAGCAGAGUUACUGAAUAUCAUGCAGUUUCGGGACCGGAAGACAGAGGAGUUGUUAUACAAAUAAUGGAAUCUAUGUAUAGGUUUACACUAGGAUCUUUAGCUGGAGCUACUGGAGCUACUGCAGUAUAUCCAAUCGAUUUAGUUAAAACUAGGAUGCAAAAUCAAAGGACUGGCUCAUUUAUUGGAGAACUGAUGUAUAGGAAUAGUUUUGAUUGUUUUAAAAAAGUUGUUCGCCACGAAGGAGUUACAGGUUUAUAUCGUGGUCUUGUGCCUCAACUGAUGGGAGUGUCGCCGGAAAAAGCUAUCAAGUUGACAGUGAAUGAUUUGGUAAGGGAUAAGUUGAGUGACAAAAACGGCAACCUUCCAUUCUACUGUGAAAUGCUGGCUGGUGGUUGUGCUGGUGGAUGUCAAGUGAUAUUUACAAAUCCGUUAGAAAUAGUUAAAAUUCGACUGCAAGUUGCUGGUGAAAUUGCUACUGGAUCAAAAAUUCGUGCCUGGACUGUUGUGAAGGAUCUUGGCCUUUUUGGAUUGUAUAAGGGUGCGAAGGCGUGCCUGCUGCGAGACAUUCCGUUCAGCGCGAUCUACUUUCCGACGUACGCGCACACGAAGGCGAGCAUGGCGGAUGAGAACGGCUACAACCACCCACUCUCGCUGCUAGCUGCCGGCGCCAUAUCAGGCAUUCCUGCCGCAUCGCUCGUCACUCCCGCUGACGUCAUCAAGACCAGGCUACAGGUUGUUGCUAGAGCUGGUCAAACCACGUAUAAUGGUGUAUUUGAUGCGGCUCGUAAAAUCUAUCAGGAGGAAGGUGCAAGGGCCUUCUGGAAGGGAACAGCAGCUCGAGUAUGUCGAUCAUCGCCACAGUUCGGAGUAACUCUGCUGACUUAUGAAGUUCUUCAGAGAUUAUUCUACGUGGACUUUGGAGGAUCACGGCCGACCGGCUCCGAGCAGAACAUUCCGAGCACAGGCGUGGCGGACACGGCCCGUUCGACCAACCCGGACCACGUGGGAGGCCUGCAGAUAGCACUGCCCAUCAUCACCGGCAUCGAGACCAAGUUCGGCCUGUCGCUGCCCAAGUUCGGUUCCGUCUAGCACAACGCAUCCGGUCGGGGGGGAAUCCCCUCCGACCCCUCACCGCCUCCUGUCACCGACUACAUCAAAAUAUACAUAUGAAUGGGCGGCGGCGAUAGUACACUAAUGUAUAGGUUUCACUGUGCAUUCAAGUGUAUGAUUGAAUGUGGGCGCCGUAAUGUAUAUGUUCCAAGUACGUGUUUGAAUGCAAUAGCAAUGUACAUUCAAAGUACGCUAUCUACGUAUCAAUCUGCAUUCAAAUAUGUUUUUGGUAGUACAUCAAUGUGUAUGUUCGAUUGUACAUCCAAGUAUGUUCGGUUCUACAUUCAAGUAUAUGAUCGAAUGUAGAUAGCAAUGCACGUUUGACGUCAAUUCAAGUACGUCAUCUUCGUAUCAAUGUGUAUUCAACUAUAUUUUUGAUAAUACAUCAAUGUGUAUCUUUGAUUUUACAUCCAACUAUAUGAUUGAAUGUGCAUAGGAAGUACAGUAAGUCUUCCAUGAACCAAUGUGCAUUCAAAUAUUUUCUUGAUAGAGCAUCAAUGUUUUGGAUAUCCAAGUAUAAGGUUAAAUGUACGUAGCAAUGUACAUUUGAAUAAUUUAUACAGUUCUUCAUCCAUGUACCAAGUGCAUUCAAAUCGGUUUUUGAUAGUACAUCAAUGUAUAUGAUCGAUUUUACAUCUAAGUAUGCGUUUCAAUGUGCAUCAAAUUAUACAUCUGACAGUACAUCAAAGUAAAGUAUUGAAUGUACAUCGCAAUGCACGUUUGAAUGUAAAUCAGAAUCUAAUAUGUUGGAUUGUACAUCUGAGUGGAAUGAAUUUAUUUGGGAAUGUUCUAAAAAAACACAAACUCAACAUUUUUGCUUGAAUUGUGGCGUUGAAAACCGCCUCUCCACUACUUAUAGAAUCGGAUUGAUUCAAAAAGGAAGAUAUUAUUAAUCUAUGAACAUCCGUAAAACAGGGAAUUAUUCUUCGGUAAACAGAAACAUACAUUCUUCGAUUGUGCAUCGUGUAAAACUAAACAUCAGAACUAGAAACAGCUCUGUAAGGAAACAACAAUGUCUGUCAGAUUCUUCAAAUCAAGAUUUAUAACUGGAUUGAGAGAGGUUGAAUCGACCAAACCAUAAUAAUUUGGUCUAAAAGUGAUGGUCUAAACUCUAAUCAAUAAAUCCAGUAGUUCAACUUUUAUCGGUUUAGACGGAGCUUCAAAUAAUAUCAAUCCAAAUUGAUGGGACUUCCGAAAACUAUUUUCAUCAAGAAACAUGAUCUAUUUCAACUUGAUAUUUUGUGAUUCUUAAAACCACAAAUCUGAACCAAUCAGAUCUGAACUGUUGUAAAAGAAGCUGACUGAUGAACGUCUGUAAAAAACGCACUUCUAUUUUUGGAAUGCUCAGUUUUUGAAACUUCCGUAAAUCCUACUAAUCAACAUUUUUUGCGUUAAAAACGCCCAAUUCAUCACAUUUUAAACUGCUUCAAAAGAUCAGCAGAAAUAGUGAAAUAUAUUUUUCAACAACUCAAUUAUUUUUUUAUUCAAAACGGCCCAACUUCUACAGUGUAAUAUGCUUUAAACUGUCUUAAAAACAACUUCCAUCAGUAUAACUGCUACUGAAUUUAUCCGUCUUUCAUAAUUUAUCAUAUUUAAGGUUUAAAAUACUAAAAUUCUAUCACCUAAAAGCUGCUGCUAGAGGCAUGUAAGAGUGGAAAGAGUUGGAUUGUAGUGGUGUAUCUUCUCAUUUACGAUUUAUAUAUCGUAGAACAGUGAUUAUAGAUAUAUACUACUUUGAGUGAAAUUAGAGAAGUCUACACUUCUUCACUCUUUUUGCUCUUGUUUUUCACUCUACUCUGCGGCUCACCACAACUGUGCCGUCUUUUUACAUUCAUGUAAAUAUUUGAUAAAUGCAUUGAAAAUGCUUGAUAUUAUAAUAUAUAUUAAAUAUAACACUCAUGAAAGCUUUACAAUCAUUAUUGCAUUAUAUUGUUGAUUCUUUUUAGUUUAAUAAUAUACAACGUGCAUACGCUUAGAAA